UUCCUUACUCAUUUGUCUCAACCUAACAAAAGAGAGAGAGAGAGAUAUAGAGAGCUAGAUAGAGAUAUGGGAAGAGGGAGAAGUUCGUCUUCUUCGUCGAUAGAGAGUACCAGCAAGAGCAACCCAUUCGGUGGCUCGUCAAGUACUCGGAACCUAAGCACGGAUCUGAGGCUCGGACUCAGCUUCGGUACGUCUUCAGGGACGCAAUAUUUCAACGGUGGCUAUGGGUACUCCGUUGCAGCUCCGGCGGCAGAGGAGGCGGUAUAUGCUGCGGCGGUGGAGGAGGAAGAAGAGAACGAGUGCAACAGUGUGGGGAGCUUCUACGUAAAGGUGAACAUGGAGGGAGUUCCCAUUGGAAGAAAGAUCGAUCUAAUGUCUCUUAAUGGCUACCACGACUUGAUCAGAACCCUAGAUUUCAUGUUCAACGCCUCCAUUCUCUGGGCUGAAGAAGAAGAAAUGUGCAGCGACAAGAGUCACGUGCUAACGUACGCCGAUAAGGAAGGCGACUGGAUGAUGGUUGGGGACGUUCCUUGGGAGAUGUUCUUGUCUACUGUGAGAAGACUGAAGAUUUCAAGAGCUUACCACUACUGAUAUAGUAAAAAAAAGUCUGCGUACGUACUUGUGUUUAAAUCGAAGUAAUGUCAAGAAAAAAAAGUUUUUGUCUGUUUGUAAAUCAGUGGUGGGAUAUUUUAUUUAUAUUAUUUUCGUUUUUCUUUUGUGAUAGUACAUAAAUUUUGAACUCACUCUGACUAUUAUUCUCCUGAUCUUCCUCGGUGUUACGCAAAAAGAAAAUAUAUCCGAGGAACAAUCAUCUUCCAGUGGAUUUAGACCAAUUAAAUCAUUGCAUUUAUAUAGUUUAGUUGAAUGGUUUUUUUCAUAAUUGAUAACAUGUUCAGGGGAAACAACAAAUUCUCAUCUUACAUUUCCUAUUUUGAGAAAGAGUCAGUGAAAGAAGAUACUGAUCAUGUGGAGUAUAUCAUUGUAUCAAGCCAA